UGGUUUUUCGUACUGGUUUAGGUCUAAGCCUGUGAGCUUAGACUUAGCUGGGCUGCAGGAUGAUGUACUCACCGGACAAGAUGAUGGGGAGCAAGGGACUCCACGGGGCACCGAUCACUGCCCCGGGCUGCUUCCCUUCGGGAAGGUAUUCGCCGCCGCCUUAUCGCGCCGCCCCGGAUCCUAUGCCGCCACCGCCGCGACGCUGUAUGCCGAACCCAACGAGUCGUAUAUUGGAGGAUGCUUCCAUUAUGUGCAAUUCUUGGUCACCAAGGCAUAACGGUGACUUAUUCGGGGGCCUGAACAGCGGUCUACAAGACGGCUUACUUUCGAGGGCGGAGGCUUUGGCUGCGGAUUUAGGAAAACACAACGCGGGCACCCCAAUGCCUUUGAAGCAUGACCCUGUUUCCGUCUAUCAUCAUGGAGCCCACAUGCCAACCCCCCAUCCAAAUAACCGGCCGCAUCAUCAGAUGAGUCAUCCCGGAAUGGAGAGCCUCGACAUGCUGGAUCCCGCAAAUUCAAUGACUACAUUGACACCGAUGUCCGAGAAUACCGGCGGCGGACCUGGCCACCACGCUGGUAUCCACGGGCCUUCCGUGUACGGCGGUAUGAACGGCAUGAUGGGUCACCACCAUCAUCACGGAAACUUAGGCGGGGGAGGUGGUAGCGUGCCUCAUCCGGCUCACCAUCAUCCAGCAAUGGCGGCCGCCGCGGCCGCGGCUGCGGCGGCUGGCCUGCACCCGGACGCGGACACGGAUCCACGGGAAUUGGAAGCGUUCGCCGAAAGAUUCAAACAGAGACGUAUCAAGCUGGGAGUGACGCAAGCCGACGUCGGAAAGGCUCUCGCGAAUUUGAAGUUACCGGGUGUCGGGGCACUUUCGCAGUCAACGAUAUGUCGAUUCGAGUCCCUCACGUUGUCGCAUAACAACAUGAUAGCUCUGAAACCGAUUCUCCAAGCGUGGCUCGAAGAGGCCGAGGCCCAAGCCAAAAACAAAAGGCGAGAUCCCGAUGCCCCGUCGGUGUUGCCUGCCGGCGAAAAGAAACGAAAGAGAACGAGCAUAGCCGCACCGGAGAAACGAUCGUUGGAAGCGUAUUUCGCUGUUCAACCGCGACCGUCCGGCGAGAAGAUAGCCGCAAUCGCGGAGAAGCUCGAUCUUAAGAAAAACGUUGUCAGGGUCUGGUUCUGCAAUCAGCGACAAAAGCAAAAGCGCAUGAAAUUUGCUGCUCAACAUUGA